AUGGAAAGGGCCCCCCAUAAUGCCCCCCCCAAGCCCAGCUGCCCAGUGAGUGAAGGAGAAAAGGACUCCGGAUUUUCAGACUGGAGCUCGGAGUCCCUGAGCGCCAUUGAGCAGACGGAUACCGAGGACCAGACCGCCUCUUCCUUGCCCCCGGGGCCGGCGGAGUUGCAGAACGCGAAGGGGGGGCUCCUGGGCGGCACCUUUCCUGCUGCGCUGGCGCCUUUCUACUUCAUCAAGAACAUGAUUCCCAAACAGACCCUGGGAGUGUCCCCCACAGCCCCCUUCUUGGCCUGGAGCAACCAGCACCCCCUGGAGAGUAACUACAGCUCUGCAGCCCACCUCCUCCUCCUCCAGGAGCCCAUGGCCUCUCUGAAGCCCAUGCUCCCCAGCCAGAAGCCCUCUGCCAAGGAGAUCCACUUCCCCACCCUCGGCGCUUACCCCAGAAUCGCUCCUCACCCAGGCCGGCAGGCCGAGGAAGCGCCCAGGCCAGCGGGAGAGCCCAGCAGGCACAAGCGGUUCUGCGUGGCGGAGGCCCGGGCACCUCCAGACCCGCCUGCCCCAAAGGACGGCUGCGAGAAACCUCCAGAAGAGUCGCCUGCCAGCCCACAGACUCCUGCCCUUGGGAGCCCGGAGGUGCCUGCUCGGCCCACCCUGCCUUCCUGUCCUGGAUUAUCCCCUGCUGGGGGCAGAAUGGUUAUCAAGAGCGCCAGGAGGCUGGGGGGGCACAGCCUGGCGAGGCAGCAUCGCCUGCACAACACGGUGGAGAUCCUGCGCAGGUCAGGGCUGCUGGCCAUCACGCUACGGACCAAGGAGCUGCUCCGCCAGAACAGCAGCACCCAGCGGGAGCUGGCCCAGCUGCGGGAACAGGCCCAGCUGCUGUGCGAGGCCGUCCGGAGCAGUGACUCCCGGGCAUGGGCUCGCCUCCAGGAUGCCGUCGGCCGCUCGGCAGCCCCCUGGCCCAGGAAGGGGGGCAGCACUCUGACCCACUUGGGACAGCAGCCGAAUAGUUUGGACAGUCGGAAGUGGGGGACCCACCCAGAGAAGGGGCAGUCUGGACAAUCUGCCCUGAAGGAGCUGGUUCUCUGCGGAUGA